GGGAUGCAGUGAAGAGACAGACGAGUCCCUGGUUGGCUGUGCACACCUUGGAACAGACCGCCUGCGCCGACAUGGUCCGAACCGCCUCCGUGACCUUCUGUCCCACGCUGGUGGCUUUGCUGCUGGUCCACAUCCCCGGUGCCGAUUCCCGAAGCCUCCCAUCGCCAGUUAGCCAUCAAUUUCAGCCAAGACAAGACACAGAUGUCCAGAACAGGCUUGUAGCAUUGUUGCUCCAUAAGGGCUUGGUUCCCAUAAGCAGAAACGAAGUCAUUGGUUUGGAGAUGGCACGCAAAAUGGAAGAGCUGGAGGAGCUGGGGGGCUUGAAGGAGGAUGUGGAUCUGCAGAACGAGCUGAUCUCAGAUGCAGUCGGAGCCGACGUGUCCUUGCCAAGCAAAAGAAGUUGCUUCUGGAAGUACUGCGUGUGACGCGGCAACCGAGAGAGGGGUGGAGACGAAAAACAUAGGCACUGCCGCUGUGGGCUCCUCCUUCUUUACCUUGUCAUGAUGUGCUGCUCCGUGUUUCCUUUCAUUCACAUGCUCUCCAUGCUUAAAAACAUUUGGGAAUUUUUUAACUUGUAAAAGGCUCACAUUCCACGUUCGAUGUGUUUUACCUAAAGAUAUUUUUCUCUGUUGUAAUUGUAUUGGUAUUACUCCCAGAAGGAUUAACAGAGUUGUGAAGUUGGUUACAUUUCUGCGUAAUAAUACAAAGCUGUGUGAGGAAAAGGGUGUUAGACUCUAUGUUAUGGUAUGUUGUACAGCUUAAAGAAUACAUGAAUAAACUAACAAUGUCAUAGCGAAAUAA